AUGGCUACAGCAACGGCGGCACACAUACGUUUCGAGAGUUUCGAUCCGGAAAAGGAGGAAUGGACGUAUUACAUACAGCGUUUCGAGGUAGAAUUAACAUUACACGGGCUCAACACAGCCAGCAAAGCAGAAGAAAAAAGAAACCAGUUCCUGGCUAAGGUAGGAUCGAUCUCAUUUAAGAUUUUAGUGGAUCAUUUUAAACCGAACAGCGUCGUGUCGAAAUCUUAUGACGAGUUAAAAGCGGUUUUAGACAAACAUUACAAACGUCAAACAUAUGUUCUUUCGGAACGGGUAGCAUUUUCUAUGCGCUGCAGGCAAGAAAACGAAUCGGUAACACAGUUUUUGUCAGUUUUACGAGGUUUGGCGGGAAGUUGCGAAUUCGGAGAAAACCUUAACGAGCGCCUACGUGACCAGCUUGUAAUCGGCAUUAACCAACCUGCAUGGCAGCAAGAAAUAAUCUUAAAAUACACGACAAACGCAGCAAAGUUGUCCGAGGUGGAAACCUAUGCAAUACAACUUGAGCAAGCAAGUAUCCACGGGCGGAAAUUAUCCGAAAUGACGCUUUUUAAACAUCCUGAAUCGGCAACAGCAUUUCGGGUUAAACAAGUAGAAAGUCGUUCUUUUCCUAAACCUAGUACUAGUAAGGAUGAGAAUAGGGUCGUGUUACGGUUGGACAUAGAAAAACAUUGCAUAUUUUGCGGUUAUGACGUGCAUAAAAACACGGCGACGUGCGCGGCUAGGGACAAGACUUGUGCGGCGUGCAGUAAGCGGGGACAUUUUGCGCGUGCGUGUAUUUCGUCGGGUCGAGCAAAGCUGAUAAACAAACAGCGAAGCGGCGGUGUUCGGCACGUUCGCGUUCAGGACAGAGACAGACGACAGUCAAACGAGAGUAGUGACGAAGAACAUUUUAGCGCGGAUUCGAAUAUUUCGGCAAUUCGCGCGGUACGCGGAAAAAAAGCAUUCCUCGAUGUAAAACUUAACGAACUUGACGUUGCGAUGUUGUAUGAUCCAGGGGCGGAGCAAUCAGUAGCUGGAAGAAGUAUCUGGGAGAAGUUGGGAAAGCCGAAACUUAAACCGACGCUCGACCUGGUGGUUUAUUCACAUUUACCUAUUGACAGGUUGGGUACAGCGCACGUACGCGUAGCAGCAUUUGGAACAAUUCAAACUUUGCCUUUGACUUUCGUAAACAGUAAUGAUGUUCCGCUUUUUGGGUUUGAUUGGUGUCUAGCGUUUGGGCUUCCCCUACCUCCUGGAGCGCGCGUCUGUUCAGUAAAGGGGGGGGAGCGCGAGGAAUGGCUAGGGCCAUCAGGACACACGGAGCACCCGGAGCAAUUGCAGCUUGAGCGGCUUCUGUCCCAGUAUGGGGGACUUUUCGAAAACAGAAUAGGCACUAUUAGGGGACCGUCAGCACGGAUACACAUUUCUGAGGAUGUGCGUCCAAAAGCAUUCAGAGCGAGGCCCGUACCCAUUGCGCUGCGGGAACAGGUAAACGCAGAGAUCGAGAGGCUGGUAAAUGAGGGAGUUUUAGAGUUGGUUGACACCACAAUAACUUCGAUUAGCUGGGCCUCACCUAUUGUAGUGGUUGUGAAGUCAAAUGGCGCCGUGCGCCUUUGCGGAGAUUUUAACGUGACGAUCAAUCCCUACGUACAAGUUGACGACUAUCCGCUACCUACUUUCGAAGAGAUAACCGCUAAACUUUGCGGGGGUCGUAAAUUUUCGAAAAUUGAUUUGAAGGACGCAUACCUACAACUCCAGGUGCACCCUGACUCCAGAAAAUACCUUGUGGUCGCUACUCACAAAGGGUAUUACGCUUACAAGAAGUUGCCGUUUGGAGUAUCGUUUGCACCUGCGCUUUUCCAACGCACAAUGGACCAACUGCUCUCUGGGAUUGAGGGAGUUGUCUGCUAUUUGGACGACAUUCUGGUAACCGCACCUACACCAGAACUACAUCUUCAACGUCUGAAACAAGUAUUAGAGCGCUUAGAGGCAGUCGGCAUCAAGACAGAGCGUCGAAAGUGCGCAUGGUUCCAGAGCAGUAUCACAUAUCUAGGGCAUGUGAUUGAUCGUUUUGGCAUACAUCCGAUAGCCGACAAGAUUGAAGCAAUACAAGGGAUGCCAGCCCCGCAAAAUACCACAGAGUUAAGAUCAUUUUUGGGAUCCAUCACAUACUAUGGUCGUUUUAUACCAAACUUACAUGCGGAGUGUGCACUACUACACCGGCUAUUAAGGAAAAACGUAAGAUGGGAUUGGACUGAAGAGGACAACAAGGUUUUUUUACGUUUAAAGACGAUUUUGUGUUCAAACGACACCUUGGUGCAUUAUGAUCCAAAGCUCCCUAUCUAUGUCUGCACCGAUGCCUCUAACAGAGGCGCGGGGGCGGUGCUUUCACACAAAUUCACAGAUGGAACCUUACGCCCUAUCGCGUACGCAUCACGCACGUGGACGGACACGGAAGGGCGUUACAGCACCAUUGACAAAGAAGCCCUGGCCAUUAUUUUCGCAGUGUCUAAAUUCAACAGUUCCCUCUAUGGCCGCCAUUUUUUCCUGGUAACGGACCACAAGCCGUUGCAAUACAUUUUUAGUGAAAACCGGACCACACCGAAGAUUGCUAGCAAUCGGCUACUCCGUUGGGCCACGAUCCUGAAUAGCUACAACUACACUAUACAGUACCAGUGUGGCAAAGAAAACGCACCUGCAGACGCCCUGUCGCGUUUACCGAUAGCCAUGACAUCGCGGUCCGCUGAGGAAGAGGCAGGAGAGCCUAAAAGAAGUCAGCUUCUACAUCUCAGACUUCAUCAUUUGUGCGUGACCAGAAAGACUUUAAAAAGCGGCACCUCGGCUGAUCCCGUGCUGAGAAAAGUUUGCGACUACACAAACGGCAGAUGGCCGGAGAAGAAACAUUUGGCAGCGGAAUUGAUUCCGUACUUCGAGAAGCGGGAGGAGCUAUCUGUGGAAGAGGGGAUUCUUUUGUGGAAGGGUCGUAUUUGCGUGCCGGCCGGCCUCCAAUCGGAAAUCUUAAAAAUGCUACACGACGGUCACCCGGGCGUCAGUGUUAUGCAGUCCCUGGCACGCCUGCAUGUUUAUUGGCCCAGGAUCGAUACUGCGAUAGAGGACUUUGUGCGAAAAUGCUAUCCAUGCCAACGAGCGAAAAGAAACGAACAAUACUUACCUCUGUUUCCGUGGGCACCACCGGCGGAAGCCUGGAGUCGCGUACACAUCGAUUUUGCCGGGCCGUUCCAAAACAAGUGGUGGCUCAUUGUAGUCGACGCCUACAGCAGGUGGUUGGAGGUUGUUCCUAUGUCGACCACUACCUCCGAGCGUACAAUCACAGCACUUAUGGAAGUUUUUAGUCGAGUGGGAUCACACAUAUUAGGGUCACACCCUACCAUCCGAAGUCAAACGGGUUAG